GUUGUGUUAGGAGCCAAGCAAGUCAUUUUGGUAGGUGAUCACUGCCAGCUUGGGCCCGUCGUCAUGUGUAAGAAAGCUUCCCGUGCUGGUCUCUCGCAGUCACUGUUUGAGCGUUUGGUUGUCCUGGGCAUCCGACCCUUCCGCCUCACCGUCCAAUACCGCAUGCACCCUCAGCUUGCUCAGUUCCCGUCUAACUUCUUCUAUGAGGGAUCUCUUCAGAAUGGUGUUGUUGAUGCUGACCGCACCAUGAAAGGCGUGAGUUUCCCAUGGCCCCAACAAGAUAAACCCCAGUUCUUCUAUGUGACUUCGGGCCAGGAGGAAAUUGCAGGGUCAGGAACUUCCUAUCUGAACAGAACCGAGGCAUCCAGUGUUGAAAAACUUGUCACACGCUUCCUCAAUUCAGGUGUCAAGCCAGAACAGAUUGGUGUCAUCACUCCCUAUGAAGGCCAGAGAGCGUAUCUGCACGUGGAGGAAGAGGUGGUGCUCGAGGUGGCAGAACUGGAGGCAGGAAGCCCAACAAAAAUAUGGGUGGUUCUAAUGCUCUACAGUUGUCUCAACCCUUCAGCCAAGACCCCACCACACAAAGUUACUCACAGCCUGGUCUCACGCAAGGGCACCUCUCACAGGGCAUGUCUGGGCCUGGGUUGAGUGGGCUCUCACAGGGAGGACUGUCACAGGCAGAACUUUCCCAGGACUCGUACAUGGUAGACCAGUUCCAGAGCCAGACAGAUGGACUCCUCUCCCAGGACUCCACCUACCAGGGUGACCGUGCGUUCUUCACUCCAGCAUCACAAACGCACCACUUCUCACAGCCGUACUGAUGGUGAGUUGAGAGAUCCCCUGGCGCAUGAAAGGCGAUGAUCCCCUCGUGUGGUCGAGUCACGUACAGACCUCCCUGCCGUGGAAGCUGAUGCAGGAGGCAACAGCAAACAGGACUGCUAUGGCACUCAUGAACAUAGCCAAGGCAGGUGCUUACUCUCAAAGGUGAGACAAGACAGAAGGUGCCUUAUAUCCCAACAUAGUUAAUUCUCGGGUAUGGAUGAUCCGUUGGCCACACCAUUGAUCUGGCCUGUCUGUCAGCAUAGAUGACGGCUCCAUAAAGAAUGGAUAUCAGCCCAGCCCUUGAUCCUCUGACCCAAGACAUGCUCAUGUCAAUAAGAAGGAAGUGUAGGCACCUACAAGAGCACAAUGAUGAGCAGCUUCCAGCCAGCCCCAGCCCCUCCCCCCUCCCUGCGGGUGCAGGAGAAGUGACCUCAGUGCUACCACACAGGACUGCCACGCUGUCAUGACCUGCCUGUGUCCUGAACAGUGGCGAUGCCCACACACUCCUACAUGUCCUCUUCAUUCCACUGGCAAAACACCAAGUGGAGGAGGAACAGGAGACUCCCAUGAUAUUACACAACGUUUGUCAGCACUGUUUCUUUGUUCUGUUUAAGUUUUCUUGUUUUUAUAUCAUUCAUGGAUUCAGUAUGUGAUGGGUAUUUGGUUUUAGUAAUAUGGUUUGCAAAAAAUACACAAAAAAAUUAGCAGCCAUGAUUACAUGUAUGUGUACUUAAUAUACUUUUUCAUUUCUAUAACUGGACUGUAAUGACAGAGCACACAUUGUGUUCACAGGUGGCAGUAAAGUGAUGAGGACAACUUGCUCUUUUGUUAAUUUUUGGUUGGUGUCUGCAUAUUACAGCAAUCCUUUGUUCAAUAUAAUAAGCAUAUGGUAAUUUUCUGUACUUUUACACAAAAACUUAUAGAAUUAGUACAAGUACAAAUUUCUGAGG